AUGGCACAGCCCUUCAAAGGAUGGGUCGCCCACAACUCCAAAUCCCCCCUCACCUACACAACCUUCACACCGAAACCGUGGACAGAAUCCGACGUUGAAAUCCGCAUCACCCACUGCGGCAUCUGCGGCACCGACAUCCACACCCUUCGCUCAGGCUGGGGCCCAACAGACUAUCCCUGCGUCGUGGGGCACGAGAUCAUCGGCAUAGCAACGCGCAUCGGCCAGCGCACGCUCAACCCAGAGAAGAUCAAAGUCGGCGACCGCGUCGGUGUCGGCGCACAGAGCGGAUCCUGUCUGCAAGCUGACUGCGAGGCCUGCGCAGACGGACAGGAGAGCUACUGCGCGCGCAUGACGGGCACGUAUAACGGGCGGUAUUUGGAUAGUGCGCGGUCGAAGUCAUUCGGUGGGUUCGCGGAGACGUGGCGGGGACCGGGCCAUUUCGUUUUCUUGAUUCCGGAGAGUUUGCCGUCUGCGCAGGCGGCGCCGCUGCUUUGUGGGGGCGUUACUGUUUUUGCGCCGCUGCGGAAAUACGGCGUGGGGCCUGGGAAGAGCGUCGGCGUUAUUGGAAUUGGGGGGUUAGGGCAUAUGGGGAUACUCUUUGCGAAGGCGCUUGGUGCUGAUCGGGUUGUUGCAAUUUCGCGGUCUUCGGGAAAGAAGGGUGAUGCUGUUGGGGGGCUCGGGGCUGAUGGGUUUAUUGCGACUGGGGAGAAGGGGUGGGCGAAGAAGAACUCGCGAACGCUUGAUGUGAUACUUUGCACUGUUUCUGCGCAUGAUAUGCCUUUUGCGGAGUAUUUGCGGUUAUUGAAGCGGGAUGGGACAUUUGUGCAGGUUGGGGCGCCGGAGGAUGCGUUGCCGCCGCUUAUGGCUUGGAGUCUUAUUCAGAAGAGUGUCAAGGUGACGGGGUCGAAUAUUGGGUCUCCGGCGGAUAUUCGCGAUAUGUUGAGGGUUGCUGCUGAAAAGAGAGUUUUGCCUUGGGUUGAGAGGAGAGAUAUGAGAGAUGUCAAUGCUGCCCUUGGGGACAUGCAUGAUGGAAAGGCGAGGUAUCGCUAUGUUCUCGAGAAUGGGCCUGAUCAGGCGAAGCUGUGA